UUUGCAAUGGGAACCAAGAAGAGUUGCUGUCCAACUUGAUGGCGAAGCUGAAAACAACAAGUGAGCAAAUAAAGACAUGGUCAGAUACGAGUCGCAAAAUACGAACAGUCAUGGCCAAGUGUGACGAGUCAAAUUUUGUUGAUGCCAAUCGCUUGCAACAUUGCCUUGACCAACUGAAAAUGGCCAUUAAAAGUUCAAUGUCUUUGCCAGCCAUGGUUGAGCGAUUGAAAUCUCAUGCUAAACAAGCAGGGAUGAAGUUUCACACAGGCCAUAGCCUAAAGGAGAUAUUUAUCAGCUCUGAUGUAUUCUAUGUUGAAAUUAUACUGGAAAACAGUGGCCUGGUAGAGGAUGUCAAGAUAUUCCGGCAAGAUGAAGCUGUGAGUUGCCCUGAAAUGUGUGAUUGCCUGAGGCAGAGCAACUUCAAGGGGUUUUUAGAUCAUCUGAAAGGACUUAACAGCUUCUAUCAACUGCCAUGCGAAAUUUCCAUGAAACGUGAUGCUUUCAAGUGUCUUCAAACAUUGGAAGAUGAUGUGAAGACGUUGUUUGAAAUGAGUUGUUUAAAUACUACAAAUGUACUAAUUCUAAUUUUGAGUGGCUUGGCUGGAUUUGUGACACCAAGGAUUGGAGGUUAUCCGAUGCGAUUAACUUUCUUUGUGUCACCUUAUGAUUUGCUGAAUGUUGAGAAAAAGACUUCCACCAUUCUUAAUAUGUCAGAUCCACUUCCUGAAAAUAUUGGACUGUCACUAAGUGUUCUCUUAGAAGGCUCACAUAUUAGAAAGUUACAAAGUAGUGGUACCUUGUAUAGUAAUGUUCACACUGAUAGUAAGAAAGGACCUCUCUAUAACUUUGUUCCAUUAAAUAACAGCAACUCCAUGAAUUUACCAGCAUGUUUUGUAUUGAAACUCAAUAAACCAAUGCCAUUGUCUACGAUACAAAUCAAGCGUCUAGCAAUCAGUCAAAUUCAAGGAAUAGGUUUGUCAUCAGCUGCACCUCUUAAUUCAUUGAUAUGCCGCCAUGCUCAGGAUCCAAAAUUACCUGCAGAUUCUAGACCACUUGCACAGAACAAAUUCUAUGUGAACCUACCGGGUGAGCAGCACUGCUAUUUCAUCAGUGAAUGCAACAAAGAUAUGAAAGGUGUUAUGGUAUCAACUAUUCCACUCACCUGUACAAGUCAAGCUAUUGCCAUAGUUACAGCAUUAAGACAACAAGCAGUGUACAACACACUCCUUGCCAGCUGUGUACGCUCAGAUACUUGUAAAGAUGAAUCUGAUGUUUUACUAUUUGAAGUUUCAACAGUUUCACAAUACAAGUUGACAAUAACAUUUGAACAUCCAGCAAAGAUAGGAAUGGUCUGCGUUGAAUUAGAUAUGUCAGAAGUUGUAAAUGUUAAAUGCAUCAUUCAUAUGCCUGUUGGAGAAGAGCCACUUUGCACCAAUGAAUAUGCAACUAAAGUACUACAGAAGUGUAUGUCAAUACCUGUUACAAUGAGAGCAAUUAUGAAGGUUGCAAAUUCAAAUAUUGAGAAAUACAGACAACCUUUGAGUUCUUCAGCUGUUCCCGCUAAAUUUUCACCUGGAUCAGAAAACUCCCAACCACAAAAUCCUGGGAAAGGAUCUAGUGGAGGAGUCUCUCCUAAACCAGGAUCCACUACUAUGAACUAUAUUGCCUCCGGCAGAAUAGGAGUUGGAACAUCAAGAAAAUCGAUGUCAAACAGUAUCUUAUUUGAUCUAAGCAAUUCAGUAGCUACAUUUUUUGCACCUAAGAAUGUCAGCCCUCAAGUACAAGAACGCAGUAAAUCUAGUGAAGAAUCAAAGAAGUCCCAGAACCCAAUGUUAGCAGAGCUGUUAACAAGUUGUACAGUAGCAGGAAACAGUUCUAAUAAUUCUAAUGCCAACCCAUUACCAGUGACUUCUGACAGAGGACAUCAGGCAUUACGACAAGACCGAACCACAUCUGGGGGCUUACCAAUUUUGAAGCGCAAAAAUAGAUCAAUGUCGGACAGUAAAUCCCCAAGACAGCUCAGUGAGAGUGAUGAUACAGUGUUUCUUCCCCAGAAUACCAACAAACAACAAAUAUCCACACUAACACCAGAGAUAUCUCCCAGAGGGUCAUCUGUAUCAGAUAUUUCUAUGCCACCUACAACUAAUGCAGAUCUAAAUCAGCUUUUGUCUGCUCAUGAUACAUCUGUACUUAUGACAUCACCAGGAUUAAGUACUUUUACAGAUUCAACUAAAAGGCAAAAACUCUCAGGAAGUUCAGAUGUGCAAUGCCCUAGUCACUGGACAGUUCCUUCCAUUCAAACAUCUUGGAAAGAACAGGAUUACAAAAGUGGAUCAAAGAAUAGCCAAAGUAAAAGUAAAGAUACUCUAUCUAUUGGAGAGCCCAUACAAAUAGAUUUGCCUGAACGUUCAAAGAACAUUGUUGAUGUUCAGGAUUUACCUGAAAAUGUAUUUUCUUCUGAUAACUUCCUGUCUGUCGGUGAUGCUAAUAAUGAGGAUUUUCCUGAUUUGGAUCCUGAUGAUGUAAAUCUCCUUGAUGAAGCUGCAGUGUUUGGAAAAUGUGACAUAAAUAAGGAUUCUGCUUCUUUUCUUCAUUCUAAUCCACUAUCUGCUUCUUAUCCUCUUUUGUCUAGUGGCAAGCCACCAUUGAAUAACAGAUGCCAAAGUGCAGAUGAUCAAGUAGUUAUCAAAGCUGAAAUGAUUGAACAAAUAUUGCCAUCUGUUCUAGAAGUGACACCAGUCAAGCAACCGCAUAUUAAGUCCAAAGGAAAACCAAAGAAUUUUAAACCAGAUAUUGAGGAAAGUUCUUUAUCUUCAGAUACUUCCCCAUCUCCACCAAAGAAAAUAAAAAGAAAAGCCAAGAAAAAAGAGUCCAGCAGCAAUGUUAUUUCCUUGGAUCACCCAAGGAAAGGUAAGAAGAAACGUCGACUUGAAACUGAGGAACCCCAAACAAAAGGAAGUUUCACAAUGACUGCUUCCUCAGAUCCUCUAAAAAUAAAGUUUAGUCGUACUGGUUCAGAACCAAAGAAACAGACACAAGUGGCAGAGCCAAAGAAGGUUAACCAAAUGCCAGCCAAUGUUAAACCUACCAAGAUAACACUUAGACUACCUCCCGCAACUGGGGAGACAAGUAGUUUAAGAGCUAGUGAUCAACAGCCUAAGAAAGACCCAGAAAGAAAAGGUGCAACGGAUAAAAGAGGAAAUGUUUUUGAAGUAUUUGGCUCAAAAUCAUCUGAUAAGUCUCUAAAUGUGGAGAAAAGAAAGGUAGUUUUAUCAGAAGAGUUUUCCAAGUCAAUUGGAUUUAGGCAUGAGGGAAAACAGAGCACAAUUUUCAAUAAGAAAACUGUACCCCAGAAGGGAUUAUCUAGAGAUGUUUCACAGACAAUAACAAUGCACAAUAAUGAUAAGAUGCAAUCAGUGCUGAAAAAAGUGAAUGUUUUAAAAAAGUCCACCUCUUCACCUGCCACCAAGGCAAUUCUAGCAAAGAAGCUGGUCACACAGAAAGCAAGGUUUGGCUCAAGUAAAACAAGUUCAAAAACAAUCAUACAGGGGCAGUAUACAUUACAAUCUACAUCGGAAAUCAUGAACAAAUGUACGUCUAGUGGUGUUAGUAGUCUAAAAACACCUCAAACUGUAAAUGUAUCAAAGCAGUUUUCUGGAACGAAGGUAUCUCUGUCAAAACCACCACCAUUAACAUUAUCACCUUCAAUUUCGUCUUCAAGUACAGCAUCUCAAAGGCCGGUAUCUACACCUUUAUCACCAUCAAGUGCUGGAGGUCCAAAGAAAAACAAGUCUCCAUUUCGUGCUAGGACAUUAACCUCAAUUGUUCAGGUAUUGCAAAUGAAAGCCCAGACGCAAAAUCCAGAAGAUGAACUGAAUGAGGCAGUGGAAUUAAAGAAAGCAUCAGAGCCUCCAAGGCCUCGCUCAUCAUCCCUCGAAUGUGACAACAAGACUAACCUACUCACUAAAUUACCAUCUGUUGUCAAGAUUCAAAAGCAGAAGGUUGUUUCAACAGUUCCUUCAAAAUCUCCCACAUUCUCAAAUACUAGUAAGACAGGUACUACAAGGCUUUUUUCAAAAACGGUCGGCCAUAGCACUAAGUUAUCACUUGUAACCUGUGGACCAUCUUCAACUUCAAGCCCAAAAGUAAACAAAAUGAGUCAACAUUUGUCAAGAGCUCUACCAACUUCAAGUCCUUCAAAUAAAGUACAAUCUCCAACAUCUCAUAAGAUACAACAAAAAAACUCUCCUUGUAAGUCAUUGCAGAAGAGUCCAUCCAGUCCAAUGAAAUCAUUUGUUAAGACAGCCGGAAUACAAAGUCCUGUGCCUAGAAAACCUAACAUUUUGAGCAAAGCUCCUAAAUCCACCAGUUCUCCUAAGACUCAGAAUUUAAGUGUACCAGGAAAAGGUUCUUUUCCACAGCCUGUGAUCUCUCGUCCCAACAUAACCAUAGAAUCCAGCAAGAAGCAAACAAUGACUGUAAAAACAAGUACUAAUAACAAUAUAACAAGCAUUAAAAGUACUAGUAGUAACUUGAAUAGCAGUUGUAAAACUAGUAGUGCCAGUGGCAGUGGAAGCUUCAGUGGUGGAGAUAGUACUGGAAAGACAGCCAUUUCUGCCAUAUCUUCUGAUGUAUGCAAAUUAGAAAAUCAAAUGACAAAGGAGACUUGCUCAGAUGAUCCAUCUUCGAAGAUGAUCCAUGACUCAAAUAAUAUUGCAAAGAAUAAAGAGGAAACACAAAAUCACAAAGUAAGCAUAAGAAAAGUACCAGAAGAAAAUUCAGAACCAACACUUGACAGUUUUGACCAAAGUAAGAGUAAUGACGGGGAUGCAUCAAAAUCCACAGUUACUCAUUUUAGGGUGCCUACCCCAUCAAUAGUAUCCAACCCAAAACCUUUACAUGUUGGCUCUAAGCUGAUGGCACCACACUCAGUGACAGGAAAGACAACAGUAAAUUAUAGCCUUACCUUAGCAGCUGAGACAUCAGGAAAUACAGUUCAGCCCUCAACCAGGAGUCAGCCAACAACUGAUGUGCCACAAGUUGAAGAAGACAUUGUGUCUCGCAUUCUGAAGAAAAGAAAUACUGGUAAAUCUCUAAGUCCAAUGCCAAGUGAUGCUUAUGGACAUUCUGAAAGAAAACCACUUGUUAUUGAUGAUCAUCAGGAUUCUGUAAACAGUAGGUCUCCAGAGAUUCGACAACAGAAAAGAGAAGCAGGACAGCCUGAAAAUCCUUCUAGUGACACACAAACUGAGCCAGGCUCCACUUCGCCUAGGAGCAUGAUAGUGCAGUCACCACUGUGCAUUGUGGCUUCAUCACCUCUGGGACAUGUCACUUCACCACUUGUGUUACCUGUUAAAUCUCCAGCAGCCCUGAGUGGUACAAGUAAUCAAGCAAGUCCUUGUCCCAUUGAUGAUGACUUGAUGGAUGAAGCUCUUGUUUCAGUCAUCAGUAAAGAGGAUAACUGAAUGACAGUAUUGAUUCAGUGCAUUUCAAUAGCAUUGUCUCCCAACUUUCUCUAUCGUUAGCUAAUUAUGUUAGCAUCAAUGUACUAGAAUGGAUUUGCUACAAAGAGGGUCGUAAUAGACAUUGAUAGCUUUUCAGACAUUGGCCAGUUACAGGGGAACAGGUAUGCCUAUGUAUUACUCCUUACCUAUUAAACCACUAGUAAAACAAACACGACUAAUAAAGAGUUUGGGAUGCAUUAAAAGCCAACAAGACUGUUAGGAUAAAUUAGUCUUCUUAAUUAAUGAAAUGUCACAUAGCAGCUACCACUAAAAAUAGGAAUUAUUUUUGAAUUUAGGCUACAAAUUAUUAGUAUAAUUAUUAUUGUUUUAUAUAUGUGACAUGACUGGUUCCACUGACUUUUAACAGCAGUGUAACUUUAAUAUGGUAGUGUUAAUGAUGCCUAACACUUCCAAGGUGGGUAUAGUUGUUAUAUACUCAGCACGAGUGUAAUUAAGGAAGUGUACUGCAACCAGAACUUAACAGUGGAAUAUAAACAAUGGAAAAAAAACAAUAGAUUACAUUGUCUGAAACCAGUAAGUAAUACACCAUAUUUUGUAAUUAAACAAUAUUGAUGGUUUUGAGGCUAAAAAAUAUCUAUAUGUAUCAUUGGCAAAAGACAUUUUUGUUAAUGCAGCCAAGGGUUAUAAGUAUUGUUUCUCAUGCGGAAGGGCAGAGCCCUUAUGAACAAAGCCUAAUUGUGGUGAGUCAUGAUAUCUGCAGAGUCCAAGGAUAAAAACACAGAAUCUCUGCCUCUUUUGGAAAAUAGAGAGGCUUCAUCCUCUUUCAGACAGAGCUGCAAUACCGCAAAAUUGCGGUAAGCACACUGGCAUGGGUUUCUAUCUGAAACGGUUGAUACGCCAAUAUGCCAGCUUACUUUAGGCCACCUUGCACCCUAGUAAUAUUGCUGCAAUAUUGCGGUAAUGGUUACUGGCUUGAAGUGUCUUAAAGGGUCUACUUGGUAUUUCGGCAAUCAAGCCGGUGUGUGCAUUUCUCUGCCCAACCUAAAGCUCAGUUGAACAGGUUACAACGCCUCCAGAACACUUCCACACGUAUUAUAACACUUACCAAUAGACAAUUGCACAUACCAUCUAUAAUUUGCACUGGCUUCCAAUUAAGUCAUGAAUAAAGUAUAAAAUUCUGCUACUAACUCUUAAAGCACUACGACUCCAACAGCCCACUUACCUACUUGAACUCCUUCCUAAAUAUGUCGCCUUAUCCUCCCUCUGUUCUUCUUACCUUAAUUUGCUCAUUGUUCCAAGAGUUAACACCAAAUCCUACGGCCACAGAUCAUUUUUAUUUUCAGCUGCCACACUUUGGAACUCCCUUCCAAAACACAUUACCGAAUCAACUUCAGUUGCUAUAUUUAAGACCAAACUCAAAACCCACAUUUUUAACAUCUGGACAUGCUCACAGCCUUUGAUUUUUACUUCGCUUUAGUGAUAUUGGCGCUUUACUAAAUUAAAAUGAUUAUUAUUUAUGCAUAAACAAAUAAAUUGUGUGGUGGUAUUUAAACCGCCAAUAUUAGUACGUCAUUCUAUAGUACCCUUUCAGACAGGAAGCCAUUAGAAUACAACAAUAUUGUGGUAACAAAGGCGCUGUGUGAAAGGGUGUAGACCGAUUAUUAUGCCAGCAUCCUUACCGCAAUAUUGCUACGUCUAUCUGAAAGGGGCUUUAGUUAAGUGAUUUAAAAUACUGUAAUAUAUAAAUACCUGUCUUGUAUUCUGCGUAACAUAAAUCAGCAAUUUAGAUUAAUACCCUGGGCGUUUAUGGGUCUAAUGAACAUUAAAAAUAUGUCUUGUAAUCAGCGUUGGCGCCAGCAGAGGGUCAAGGAGGAUAAAAUAUACUAUAAUUUUGGCAUUUAUUUUUAUUAUGCCUGCUGGAGCCUUGAAAUUCCCAAAAAGAAAAUUUAUAUUUAUUUCUCGAUUAUAUAAAUUUAAAGCAUCCAUCCAAUUACUACACUUAUUACAUUGUAGCAGCGCAUUCUUUAUGGUCGGGCGAAAGCAAUAGGCACCCUCUAUUACUUAGUUUUUAUUCAUCAAUAAAAUUUUAUUGUAUUUUUCACCUCUGCCUAGAUGCUUUUAGCAAAACCAUUUUUCUAAGUAAAAAAAAUAAUUCACUGAUCAAGUUAUAAAAAAUGUCUCCCCUAUCUAAUAGAUUUGAGCUUAAUCCAGAUGUAGGGCCACUCAAAACUCUGCAUUCAUUAUUUAAUAUUGGUUGUAAAACUACCUCACAGAUGACAUUGCCAUUAUUUUAUAAAAGUGGCAUUUAUUAUAUGUCAUACUGUAUGUGGACAACAUUGACCUUUGAAGAGCCGAAAAUGAAAGUGCUAUCUAGAAAUUGUAUAUAGGAUUGGUUUUUAGUUUUUUGUUAUGAAUGUGUAUCUCCUGUGAACAUAAAAAUGAUUGCUGGUAACAAUAAUCAAUAUGGUACAGUAUAUUAAACAAGAUGUUUUAGUUUCAUCUAGGUUUAGAGAAUUCAUAGAAUUAUUUUUUUUUUGUGGAAAAAAAGGAAUUCCUAAUUUAUUAAUUUCUGAUAUAAUAAUAUAUCAUUAUUUGAUUCAAUAAAGGACAAUCCUUCCAAUGUUAACAUUGUUUUGUUUGUGUAUGUUGGUAUUGAUAUUUCUUGUUAAUUUUAUAAUUAUUUAAUUCAGCAAAUAUAAAAAAUUAACACAAGUACAAAAUCAAGUGUUAAAAUAAAAGAAAAGCAAAUAUUUUUUCAGCUCUAAAUAAUUUAUAACCUGUAAUUAAUAUUCCUUAAAGCUUUUAAUAUUUUAAGUUUGCCCUUUUAGUAUAAAGUUACUUAUAUUGCAGUUUUCAUAGCAUAGCAUGGGUGCUUACCGCCUUAGAAUACUGGGUGCUGUAGACUUUUAUAUAUGUUUUUCUUACUGAUUUCUGUAUUGAUCUUGGUGUAGAAGUAUCGUUUAUGUUUUUCCGUCUAAAAACCAUACUACGUUGGACACUGGUUCCCAAAGUUAUGCAAUGUCAGUGCCAGUAUAGUACUGGGAUAUAUUUCUUUUUUCUACAAAUUGAUUUCUGUAGUGAUUUUGGAUUUUAAUUACCAUCUUAAAAAACUAGGUGUGUUUUGAAGCUGACAUCCUGAAAACAUAAUUAUACAGGUACUGUAAUAUGAAAAUCAACUAAAAACCACAUCAGAAAAGCAAAAAUUGAAAAGCAGGCCAUAACUUAGGGUGGGGCAGGAAGGCUUUUGCCCAUCUGUAAAAAUUAAAAUCGUAGCCAAGUAUUGGGAAAAUAACAACAAAUAAGCAUCAUAUAUUGUAAAACUUUUAAUAAUAACCCAUUAAUAAUUGGUAACCCAUCCAAGAAGUCUAUAAUGAUAACACUCUACAGUACCGUAAUAGUAUGGGGGUGCAAUUUGGCACAUUGCUAUUUAUGUUCGUUAAAAGGCAUCUGUUGUUGCAGAAAUAAUUAUGUGUUUGCAGAAUUAUAUUUUAAAACUAUUCCGGAAUUUAUUCCGUGUUCGUUUUGUGUUAAUUUUAUCUGAAUGUGUUAACGGAAAAUAAUUAUGUACCACAAACUUAUUACACUGUUAUAUUAUAUGUACAGAAUAAAUUCUGUGUUAACAUAAAUCCAGUAAUUAUGUACCACAGAAUUAUUACUGUCUAUUGUGUUCAGAAUUAAUUCUGUUACCACAUAAUUUGUUUUCUGUCACCACAAAUUAUUUUGGUUCCCAUAGAAUUAAAUCUGUCUACUCAGCAUUUAUAGCCAAUAAAAUCACCAGAUGUCCAAUGCUGUCAAAAGUCUUUAGAGACAUUACCCCUAGUAGGUGUUGUUUUGAUUAGUCGAACACUUUUGGUACUUGUGUAUAUAAGCUUGCAAAUAUGGAUAAUUUUUCAUUUCUGAUGACAUAAUUAAUGUUGAAUAUUGAAUUGCGACACAAUGGCGUGCAUUUCGAUACUUGGAUUAUGUAUUAUACUAUCUUAAUAUCUGAGAUAGUAUGAAACAAUCUCCGAAAAAAGUGACACAAGCCAUUGUUGAUUCAUUAUUGGUAUCAAUAAUGGCUUGUAUCUCUUUUUUCGGAGUUUGUUUCAUACGAUCUUAUGUCAAACUUAUCGGUGAAUCCCAUGGUUUCUUAUAUCUGGGAUUAAUAAGUAGACCUUUCGGAUUUUUACUUUCAUUUUUGAUUUUGAUCGUUUUAAAUAUAAAGCUAUUGAAUUUGGUAGACACAGCCUAAACAGUACGUCAUAUCGUGUGUAUAGAAUAUCGUAAAAUUAGUGUUUAUAAUAUAUCUGCUUGCUAUAUAAUGCUUGUAUUCAUAUUGAAUAUGAACAAAGUGUUUGUAAGAAAUCAACAUUAAAACAAUACAUAGAAUUGUA